AUUUGAUCGAUGGAUAUAGUCAGAUUACACCAUUUAGCAGAAUAAAGAUGCAAACCCCUUGGAUGCAGAAUGAAAUCUUGUUAAGAAUCAGCUUAGGAUCCUAAUUUAUGUUAAUAAUAUCAUCGAGAGCUCUUGGAAUGUAUUUCAAAGGAGAAGGCAAGACUUAUUGAUAAUUGGAAUAGAACAGGCAAAUUCUCAUCUUGAUUAUUCAAUAUUCAUUAAUAUUUAU